CUCAGCUCGCCACGUAGCGUGGUGUUGACAACAUUUGGGCAACUUCUAACGCCAUUAUCAAGCGCCCUUUAUCUUCGGAGUCGAAGCGCUGCUGGCAUGUGUUCAUAUCUCCCACUCCAUCCACAGGAAUGUCUUCUACCUGGUGGUCGCGGUUGAGCAAGCAGCAGGAAGAGGACCAGGAUGACCGUGCUUCCGACUCACAGCUCAGCGAAAAGGAUCACAAGAUCCAGAAACAACCCAACGAUGAUGCUGACCUGAAUCCCGGAGAACUGACCUUUGAAGAAGAUACCGCUGGAGGCAUGGGCCGUUACCUUGGUGUAACUUCUUGCACUCUCCUUAUCGUUGGACGGAUCAUCGGCACUGGUAUAUUCUCCACACCGUCCUCCAUCCUGUCCGGCGUGGGCUCAGUCGGCGCCUCCCUCAUGCUCUGGGUCCUCGGUUUCUUGCUUAGCUUCUGCGGCCUCUUCAUAUGGCUCGAGUUCGGCACCAUGUUCCCUCGCAGUGGUGGAGAGAAGGUAUACCUUGAGGCCGUCUACAGAAAGCCCAAGUAUCUCGCCACCGUAGUAUUUGCUGCCAACGCUAUAUUCCUUGGUUUCACUGCUAGCGGUUGUAUCGUUUUUGCUAGCAAUAUCUUGAUUGCUGCUGGUCAACCCGUAGGUCGCUGGACGGAGCGUGGAAUUGCACUUGGAGUCAUCUCCUUCGUAACUCUUCUACAUGGACUGGCUCCCAAGACCGGCGUGCUAGUCAUGAACUCGCUCUCGAUCUUCAAGAUCGUUAUUCUGUUGUUCGUCGUGGUCUCAGGCUGGGUGGUUCUCUCGGGCAAAACACGCGUCGCGGAUCCGCACUAUAACUUCAGAAAUGCGUUUGCAGGGAGUUCUCAGAGUAGCAAUGACUACGCUACUGCCACCUUCAAAGUCCUGAAUGCAUAUGCGGGAUGGUCCAACGUGAACUACGUCAUGAACAACGUCCGUAACCCCGUGCGGACGCUCAAGAUUGCAGGCCCGCUCGGUCUUGGUAUUUGCGCGGUUCUGUACUUGCUUGCAAACGUCGCCUAUUUCUCAGCUGCGACCAAGACGGAGAUCGAAAAAUCUGGUGUCACUGUCGCUGCAUUGUUUUUCGGGAAUGUCUUUGGUUCUGUCGCGGAGCGUGCGCUUUCGGUUUUCAUUGCUCUCAGUGCUCUUGGAAAUGUUAUUACUGUGACUUUUGCUGCGUCGCGAGUAAACCAGGAGCUCGCAAAGGAAGGAAUACCCCUACCAUUCGGAAACAAAUUCUGGGCUUCAAACUGGCCCACAGGGAAGUCACCGCUCCCUGGGUUGAUCAUCCACUUGAUACCCUCUGUCAUUGUCAUCAUCGCGCCUCCCCCAAACAUUGUUUACCCUUUCAUUUUGGACGUCGAAGGAUACCCACAGCAGAUUAUUAAUUUCUUUAUUGUCAUCGGUUUGUUCUAUCUCAGAUGGAAAAAGCCAGAUAUUGUUCGGCCGUUCAAAGUAUGGUGGCCUCUCGCCGUAUUCUUCUUGGCUGCUGCCUCCUUCCUCCUCAUCGCUCCCUUCCUGAAACCAGCCAACGGCGUCGGCGACACUCCACCACUACCAUAUUACCUAUACUGUCUCGUCGGGAUCGGCGUCAUGUUCGCAGGCGUGUUCUACUGGGCUGCAUGGCGGAUCAUGCUCCCCAAGGUAUUUGGGUAUGAGCUUGUGCCGAGGAAGGAGAGGUUGGAUGAUGGGACUGUCGUCACUGUGUUUUCAAACAAGAAGAUCCAGUGAUUCGAGUGUUGAUUGAAGUGCUAAUAAGCUGGUCUUUGAAAUAUAAACUUAAUGGCAUGUUGUUGUAGUGGUCUUGUAAUGCGUAUCCAUUAGUAUUGACUUUAGAACGGGUCCUCGGUCAUUCCGCCGUGUACUGUUCUUGUGACGUUCGUUCUGACCAGUCCCUUUGAUGAAUUUUGCCUCUCAUGGCAACUUGAGUCGAUGAACGCAAUCUGCACCCCAUCUACACAAGUUACGUCCCUAACUAUCUCG